AUCUAUAGAUUGUACUGUGUAUAUUGAUCAGAUUUGGGUUUAAGAAGGUUCAUGUUAGGGUCAUAUAGAAGAUGAUUGGCACAGAAAAAAUCCCAGUAGUUGGACUGACUUGAUGGGACAAUAGACCUAGAAAUAGGGAAAUGGGUAGCUUGAAAGGAAGGAAGCAAUAGUCAAGUUACAUUUACUCAGCAGGUUUCGUAACUAUCCCAGCAGGCAAAUACCAAGAUCUGGCAGGAUUCCUAGGAAGAAUACGCCCUUCUGGGGUGUGUGUAUGUGUGUAUGCAUGUGUGUGUGUAUAUAAGCAUUCAAAGUCUGAGUAGCCUAAAUUAAUCUUCUUAUUUUGUAAGAGUACCACAUCUUACCUUUUUGUGUAUGAGGAAAACGAAGGAAGGAGACAAAGAAAUCUGCAGUGGUGUUAUGGGCCACCACCAGCAAGGGCUAGGGAGAAGAUUGCUGCUACUGGUCCUCCUGCAAAUGAUGACAAAUGUUGAACCAAGCUAUGCCACCAGAGUUUGUAGAAAACAGGGAUAUCUGAACCGGAUUGUAGGGGGUACCGAUUCCCAGGAUGGAGAGUGGCCUUGGCAAGUGAGCAUCAAGUUGAAUGGGGAACAUCACUGUGGUGGUUCUCUUGUCACAGAUCGGUGGAUCAUCACAGCCUCACAUUGUUUUAGUUUGAUCAACAAUCCUUCCAAUUUUACCGUACUAGUUGGAGCACUGAAGCUUUCAGACCCAGGGCCUCAUUCAAUCAUAGCCUCCGUGAAGCGCAUUAUUCUCAAUCCCACCUAUGAAGGGGAUUCAAGGAUUGGAGACAUUGCCCUUAUCCAACUGGAGCUGCGACUGCCUCUCAUCCAACAGAUCAGCCCCAUCUGUGUCCCCAAUGCUAAUAUCCACUUCCACCCAGGACAGAAGUGUUGGGUCACUGGCUGGGGAAACAUUCGAAGCAAAGAAGGACGGCAGAACUCUGAUAUAUUACAAAAGCUAGAAGUUCCCAUAAUCAGCACAAAAAAAUGCAACUCUCUCUACCGCCAGGACUCUAGACAGCCCAGGGCCUCAAGAGAAAUUAAAGAAGAUAUGUUAUGUGCUGGCUUUGCAGCUGGACAACGGGAUGCUUGCCAGGGUGAUUCAGGUGGCCCACUGGCCUGCCGGAUGGAAGAUUUUUGGUUUAUUGCAGGAGUAGUGAGCUGGGGAGAUGGAUGCGCCCAGAAGAAUCGUCCUGGAGUUUAUGCAAGAGUAGCGUACUACCAGAAAUGGAUCCACAGUCAAAUACCAGAGCUCAGAGACACCCAUUGGUCAAGGGUAAACAACAAUAGUAUCAGUGACAGUGCCUCUGCUGGCAGUUUCAGUUUCAUCUCCCUCUUUGCUGCCACUAUUGUUUUGCUGCUAUUAUCUCAGCAGACUUUUUAAAGAAAAGAAGGCAGUUCUUUCUCCUAGGAAGCUGUGUUGAUUUUGAAAGAAAACCACAAUUGUCAGAAUUGUUAAUGGAGAAACAAAGGAUUUCAAUUUUUUCCUUCUGUACUGUGAUGAAGAAUUCACUUCAGCAUGCCAUCUUUGGUGUGAUACUCAUAAAAAUUGAUGGGUCUCCAGGAGUAUUUCCAUACUCUCCUUGCCAUCACCACCUCCAUUUUUCAUGGAUUGAAUUCUCCGCUCCAGAAAUAUUUGAAGUAGAGGAUUGGAACAGAGGAACCCACAAUUUUUCCAGUUCCUGGAACAGAUUGGGUAGUAGACAUAAUAUAAUAUAAUAUAACAACAGAGUUGGAAGGGACCUUGGAGGCCUUCUAGUCCAAUUUCUCGUCAGUUCUAAGUUGCUUCUUUCCUUGAUCAAUGGUGCAUGUGUGGCAUGCAAUAGCCCCUGCUUAUAUUAUGACUCAUUUGUUUGGUGUAUAUCCAUCCAAGAACUGCAUUUCAUACUUAGGCAGCUUAAUAAAUGGUUUUGUUAUCAUAAUUGCUGUAAUUGCUGCAGGGAAUGAGAUCCAGCCUUUGGCCUUUACUUUGUAGGGUGCUUCAGGGUUUGGUUCUCUCUCCCCUCUGUUUAACAUUUACAUGAGGCCAUUAGGUAUGGUGGUCCAUCAGUUUGGGGGGUGGUUGAGAUAUCAUCAUUAUGCAGAAAACAUCCAGCUUUAUAUGUCUACCUCAAGCCCUUUGAGUGAUGCAUGGACAUCCUAUCUCAGUAUCUGGAAGUUUUUAGUAAAGCAGACUCUGACUCAACCUUAGCAAGUAGGCUAUGGGUACAACCCUCUGCAGAAAAAGUUCUUCUAUCUUUAGUUCUGGAUGGGGUUGCAGUAGUCCAGAUAGAUCUGCAACCUGGGGCUCCUCCUAAACUGAUGGCUCCUGUUCAAAGAGCAGGUGGUAGCCAUGCUUAGAAGAGCCUUUGCACACCUUCAGGUUGUGCACCAGUUGCAACCAUUCCUAGAUCAGGAGACCCUGCUCACAAUUACUCAUGUCCUUGUAAUCUUUUGUUUACACUACUGAAAUUACAUGGGGUUCUUCCAAAGACCAUACAGAAACUUCAACUGAUGCAGAAUAUGUUUAUGCAGCUACUAAAUGGUACCAGGUAUACAGCAUACAUAACAUCACUACUGUGUUAGCUGCAUUGGUUAGAAGUAUUUUUCUGGGUGCCAUUGAAGGUGCUAGUUGUCACCUUAUAUUUUAUAGUUGUUACCCUAUGUGGCUUGGGACCAGGUUAUCAGAGGGACUGACUUUUUCCAAGGGUUUCUGUACCUAUCCAAUUCGAUCUAGUAGAUUGGGCAUGCUGCAGAUACUGUCGGCCAGAAAAUGUCAGCUGGCAGGGAUUAGAAGAUGGGCAUUUUCUGCAGUAACACCUUCCCUUGGAAAUUAGAAGGCCCCCAACCUUUUAGUCUUUCAUUAGGCUUUAAAAACCUGGCUGUAUUCCCAACCCUUGGGCACUGAAUGUGUUAAGGACCCUGUUUCCUGGCUUAAUUGUUAACUGACCAAGUAUCUCGGCUGCUGUACAUACAAUAUUUAUUUUGAGUUAUUAUUGUUAUUGUUUCAGAAUGUUUUUAUUGUUUUAAUUGUAGGUUUUUUUUUAUUGUAAACCACCCAAAAUCAUUGACUGAGAUGGGUAAUUAAAUAAUAAAUAAAUAAAUAAAUAAAUAAAUAAAUAAAUAAAUAAAUAAAUAAAUAAAUAAUGCCAGACCAAUCAGUAGGGUAUCACACUUGAAAACGGAUGCAAAUAGA